CAAACGAAAAAAUAAAAUGGCGACUGACUAUCACAAUGGGAAGUUAAGUGAGGAUGAGACCUCUGAGAGUGAUGCUAAUGUUCCAGAAGUGGAGGAGGAUAUCGAAAUAGAAGAAGAGGUAGAAUCAGACUUUCAAAUUACAAAGGAGAAGAAAAAACAUAAACACAAACACAAAAGCAAAAACAAACAUAAACAUUCCAAGAGUGAAAAGAGAGAUGAAAAGAAAAAGCAUAAGCACAAAAAGAAGAAGAGCAAAUCAAGUCGAAGUGAAAAAGAAGGACGUACAUCUAAAAAAAUGAAAAUUGAUGACUCUGUUGAUUUAGAGAAGCUAGAAGCUGCAAGAGAAGCUUUAAAAGAGGUUCUACAGUCAGAAAGCAAUGGGAACAUAAUCAAUUCAAAUCCUAUGGAUUUGAUAGCACAGGGAUAUGCAGGGUCUGAUUCAGAGGAAGAAGGAGAGGUUGAUUAUGAAGAAACACAAAAAGAGAAAAAGAAAAAACAAGAAUGGAAUAUUUUACAAAAUAUCAUCAAGGAAAAAAAGAGAGCUGAAGAAGAAGCAGAAAAAAGAGAGAAGCAAAAGGUCCAAGAAGAGAGCGGGGACUCGGACUGUGAGAUUGUGUCUGUGACAGAGGCAACUCGUAAAAUGCCCCCUUUAAGACCUCAUAGCAGUCUGUCUAAAGAAAACAGAAAGUCAGAGAAGAGUAGGAGGGAUUCUGAUCGUAGAGAAAAAGACAGAAGAAGAACAUCUGAGUCUGAAGAUGCAGUCAGAAGGGAUGAACGAAGAAGGAAAGAACGGAGCAGUGAAAGACAACGAAGGUCUAGAGAAAGGGAGAUGAGAGAUAAUCGUUCUAGAGAGAGAGAGUAUACAGAGCACAGAGCUAGGGACAGGGAACACAUUUCCAGAGAGAGGGAGCAAAGAUCAAGAGAUAGAAGAGCCUCCCUCAGUAGGGAGAGAAGCAGGGAUAUUGGCAGAGAGAGAAGAAGUCGAUCUCCAGUUCAGAGAAGCUCUGAGAGGUCCAGAGAUGCAGACAGAGUAAAAGAGGGAAUGAGUUCUAGAGAGAAGUUUAGGGAAGAACGGCGUAUUGAGGAAGAGAGGAGAAGACGAGAGGAUGAGGAAAGAGGAAGACGAGAUGAUGAUGACAGAAGAUUAAGAGAUGACAGAAGGGAUAGAGACAGAAGAUCUCCAAGACGUAGGUCAACUGAAAGAGGGCGACAUGACAGAAGUAGAUCAAGGGACAGAAGAAGAAGCAGGAGAAGUAGAUCCAGAGAACGCAGAAGGAGGGAGGAGGAUAAAUUCAAAGGCAGCUUGUCUGAGGGUAUGGCUCUACACCAGGACUCAGAUGAGGAGGUUAAUAUUGACAUACCAGAUGAUGAUGAUGAUGAUGAAGAUACUUUGAUAGAAAAGAGAAGAAAGCAAAGAGAAGCCCUUUUACAGCGUUUGAAGAAUGAAGGAGAAGACAGCAUGACAUCUGCACCUUCACCUAAGCCACCUUCACCUGAACCAUUACCUUCUGGCCCCCAGUCACCCUCCCCAUCUCCAUCCAGGUCAAGGUCAUUCUCCAGGUCAAAGUCAAGGUCACGAUCAGAGUCACGCUCCAGAUCAAGGUAUCGCUCUUCUUCCAGAAGUUCCAGUUCUGACAGCAGUUCAAGCUCCAGUUCAGAUUCUGAGGAAGAGGCCUAUAAAUAUAAGAAAGGGUCCAGAAGUCAAGACUCUCGCAGAAAUAGGAGAAAGAUGAGGAGUCCAGAUUCUUUCCAGGGAAGUCAAAAAUCCAGGAGUCCUUAUUCUUACAGAGGUAGAAAGGGAUCAAGUAGUCCUGAAUCAGAAAGAUCCAAAAGGAAAUCUGCAAGUCCUGACAAAAACAGUGAAAGGAAAUAUGACAAAGUAAAACCAGAGGAGAAAUCUGCUAAGGCAGAUCAAGGAAGCAAAGACACCAAACUAGAGAUGGAGCCACCUUUAAAAGAUGGUGAAAAGAAAAAGUCGAAGACUGACAUGUUUGCAGAUACUCAAGACAUGUUCAGUGAUGCUUACGCUUUGGGAAGUCCAAGUACAGUGGCGAAAUUCACUGGUCCUGUGGUUGAGAAUCCCACUUUGAUUGACAACUGGGAUGAUGCAGAGGGUUACUACAGGGUGAGAAUUGGUGAGAUGUUGGACAAAAGGUACUCAGUUUAUGGGUACACUGGACAAGGUGUGUUCAGCAAUGUGGUCCGUGCCAGGGACGAAGCUCGAGGAAACAUGGAGACUGCCAUCAAAAUCAUCAGGAACAAUGAAAUCAUGCACAAAACUGGUUUGAAGGAACUGGAAUUCCUUAGAAAGCUCAAUGAUGCUGACCCUGAUGAUAAAUUUCACUGCCUCCGCCUAUAUCGACAUUUCUUCCAUAAAAAUCAUCUUUGUUUGGUGUUUGAAUCGCUUAGCAUGAAUUUGAGGGAAGUAUUGAAGAAGUAUGGGAAGGACAUAGGUCUCCAUGUCAAGGCCGUCAGAUCGUACUGUCAACAGCUGUUUCUGGCCCUGAAACAUCUGAAGAGGAACAGUAUCCUUCAUGCUGAUAUCAAGCCUGAUAAUAUUCUGGUAAAUGAGAGUAAAUUACAGCUUAAGUUGUGUGACUUUGGCUCAGCAUCCCAUGUGUCAGAAAACGACAUCACACCUUACCUCGUCAGUCGAUUCUACAGAGCUCCCGAAAUCAUUAUUGGUAUGGGGUAUGACCAUAGUGUGGACUUAUGGUCUGUGGGAACAACUAUAUUUGAGCUGUACACUGGCAAGAUCUUGUUUCCAGGACAGUCUAACAAUGAAAUGCUCAAGUUUAUGAUGGACCUGAAGGGCAAGUUCCCCAAUAAAAUCAUCAGAAAGGGUAUGUUUAGGGAUCAACAUUUUGACAGCAACUACAACUUCCUGUACCACGAGGUGGAUAAGGUCACACACAGGGAGAAGGUGUCGGUCCUCAGUACCAUCAGUGCCAGUAAGGAUCUCCUCGCAGAGCUGAUCGGAUAUCAGCGCCUCCCCGAGGAUCAGAUGAAGAAAGUCAAACAGCUGAAGGACCUGUUGGAGUCAACCCUCAUGUUAGACCCGAGUAAACGGAUCUCCAUCAACCAGGCUCUGACACACCCUUUUAUACAGGAGAGACUGUGAUAAUUUACUGUAUGUCAGGGCGGGGGGAUAGGUUGUAGUGGUACUGAAAAGUUGUGUGCACAUUGAGAAGGAGAAUACACAAUGAUGCUGUGUUACUGUAAGCUGAAGAAAGAAAGAGUGGAGAACCUUGAGAAAAAAGAAACUUAUUUUGUAGUGCUUGAAAUUUACAGAUUCCAUUGUUAAUUAUAUGCGUGAUCAUUUUGACAGUAUCAGAAUAUUUUUAUGGUGAAGUCAUGAAAAGGAACACGACUGAAACUAUCUUAUUCUUGUAAAUACUGAUUGACUUGAAAAUGUUAGAAUGUAUAUGAUAUGUUUUACAUUUCAGUAUGAGCCACUAGGCUAGAGGCUCUAUUGCUCUGUGGCAGGGAACACUAGCUUGGUAUAUUUUAAAGACAGAAUGGUAAAAUACACUACAGAUAAAGUUUGCUCCUGAUAGCUUCAUCUCUAAAUUUCAAAGAUAAGUGCAAAUCAAGAUGUAGAUAUUUUCCCGCUGAAUUGCAAUAAGUAUAACCUGAAAAAAAAAGAUUUUUGACCAUAAGACUUCACAGCAUUUUCCUCCCAAUUUCCAUGCUCAUCAUAAGAUAAUGAAAUUAGCCAAUUAAUAGUAAGAAUUAUGUAUUCUAUUUGACAGAUUAGAGAUAUAUUUUAUUAAGUUCAUUUUGUAACAUAUUAUUUACCUUAUAUACAUGUAAUUAUCAUGUAAUGUGUUUGUUAUGUAAACCUUUGUAGUUUGAAAUGAAAUAAAUUUCUGAUGUCACUGUUUCUCUUCAUGUAGGCCUUAACAAGACAGUUAGGAAAGGCUGCUGAGUUUCUCACAGGGGUUUUGUGGUAAUAAAUGUUUCUUGACUUUUUGCAUUUAAUAUUUAAUUCCUACAUGUAUAAGCUCCCUGAACAUUGACUUUUGCCCUUUUUACCUAUGACGGACUCGCAUGACACACGACAUGAAUUAUUCAUAUGCAAGAAAAUAUGUAUUAACUGAGAAAGUUUUUUUUUUUCUAGCAUUAAAAUCUUGACAUUUUCUAAACAAAUUGCUUUUUUCUUUGCAUCCUGUAUUGGAGAGAGUUUGAGACACAUCUCAAUGAGUCAGACCAGUCAGUUGAAAGCUGGGAACAAGUUGAACCAUUUAUUCACAAGUUGAACCACCUGUGGAGGAAAAUUCAACUGCUCACGUAACAUACAAAAAAUCAUGUAUGACAACCAAAAAUAGUUGUUCAAAUAAUUUUAGAAAUAAAAAAUGUACUUGACUGUGAAGAAUUCAGGUUUUUUAAAGCAAUCUCUUUACAACAAAGAAUCCAGCAAUAUGUACCUAUAUGAUGGAAAUGGAAGUAACUAGAUGCUCAUGGAAGAAUUAAAAGGAACAUAAGCAUCAAAAGUUGCUAGUACAUGUAACAAAUAUUAUUGCAGUGGGAAAAUGAAUUGGAUUUUAUUGAAAGUACAGAUAGUAAAUUUUGGGAAAAUGGUCCUUUAAAUUAAAGUUUGAACAAGUUAGCAAAGAAAAGGUAUGACCAGUGGGUUAGAAAUUCCUUGGAAUGCUGAAGUAAGUAUUUAAUUGUGAUGAGGGUUAUACUUUUGUGCAUUGUAAUGAAAUAUUGUUUUUAUUUUGUAGAUAGGCAAUUCCAGCUGUUAGAAGAGGAGUUAGCAUUUCAAGGUUAUAAUAAGAUUGAGUAACACAGUGUGAUAUAUAACUUUGUCGUAUUCAAGGGGGAAAUUGGAAACCAUGAAAAGAAAUCUUAGUAUUUUUAUAUAUUACACUGAAGAACAUCAUAGAAGGAGCAGAGAAGCCCAUAGUAUUGGUUUCAGGAUCAGUAUAAUGAAGCAGAUAAAAUUUGAAUAUUAAAGUAAUUUAUCUAGUAUGUUGGAAUUUUAGUAAGACAUUCUCUUUUCUGUUUGCUAUGAUAAGUGUUGAUGUACAUUGUAAAGUAUUGAGAGGACCAAACAAGGAAGAGUGGCAGGUACCAAACUCAUCUUUUAUGGGGAGGGAGAGGGGGCACCUCUAGAUGUCAUUUUAAUAAUUCCAGGCUGUGUGUUAUUGUGUUUUUGCUUUCUUUGUGUAAGAAAAUCUAGUGUACCAUUGAUGCUGAUAAAGUAAUACAUAUAGUGUUUUCAAAUUGAUAUUCCAAAAAGGUGGCGGUGUCCCACUGAGCGAGUUUUAAUAAUUUCAUUUCAGAUGCCAGACCAAGGUGUAGCAUUAUAUUCAUUUUGAAGUAAACAUUGAUAUACACGUAUAUUGAACCAUUUUGAUAUUUCCAGGUAAGCCUACUAUCCACAUAUUCUUAUGACUCUUGGAAAAAGGAAGAGUUGUCAGCCAUUCCUAUAGUGAUGGAUAUCUAUCUCAUUUGUGUUGCGUAGUGAUCCAUGUGCAUAUUGCAGAAAAAGAACUAAAAAUAUGGAGUUGGAGAACUCUAAAAACAAAUUAGAUAUACAUUUGCUGUUGAGCUCUGUGUGGUAAUGUUAUAUGUAUGUAUGUAUUUUCAUAAAUUACAAAUACAAUGUGUUAAUUUGAA